AUGGACGUCCCGCCGCCGGCCGGCAAGAUCGCGGCUCUGUCGCUUGGCGCCCUCCCGGUGUCCUAUGCGCUCAACCACGUCUCGGCGCUCUCGCACCCCCUGGGGGUGGCGUUGAUGAGUAUACUGAUCCUGGGCCUGCUCUUUGUGGCUAUCUACAGUUUGUCUCGAGGUGAUAUCUACUAUGACCCACUCUAUGCAGUAUUUGCUGCCUUUGCCUUCACCUCGGUGGUGGACCUCCUUAUUGCUCUCCAGGAAGAUGGCUAUAUGGUCGGCUUUAUGGAGUUCUACACCAAGGAGGGUGAUCCAUAUCUACGCACCGCACAUGGAGUCUUCAUCUGCUAUUGGGACGGCAUUGUUCACUACCUUCUCUACCUGACCAUGGCUGGUGCCAUUCGCAAAAGGAAGAGGUACCGGAACCUUGGACUCUACUGGCUGGGAUCCUUCAUCAUGAGCAUCCUGGUGUUCCUCCCGGGAAACAUCCUUGGAAAAUACAGCUCGGAAAUCAGGCCUGCCUUCUUUCUGACCAUCCCCUAUGUGCUGGUUCCCUGCUGGGCUGGCAUAAGGAUCUUCACCCAACCCCAGGUGCCAACCUGCUAUACCCACAGGAUGGUACAGGUGGAACAAAGAAAGAGUAUCCUGCAGCGCCCACUUGACCUGGCCCUCAUCAUUUACCUCAUCCUGGCUGGCUUCUUCACCCUCUUCCGGGGCCUGGUGGUGCUUGACUGUCCCACAGAUGCCUGCUUUGUCUACAUUUAUCAGUAUGAGCCAUACCUUCGGGAUCCUGUGACCUACCCAAAGAUACAGAUGCUGGUUUACAUGUUCUAUGUGCUGCCCUUCUACAUCCUGGCUGUCUAUGCCCUCCUCUUCCCUGGCUGUUCCUGGCUGCCUGACUGGGCCUUAGUGUUUGCUGGAGCCAUAGGCCAGGCACAGUUCUCACAUAUGGGUGCCUCCAUGCAUUUGCGCACACCUUUCACCUACCGCGUGCCAGAGGACACCUGGGCCUGCUUCUUCGUGUGUAACCUGCUGUAUGCACUGGCCCCCCACCUGCUGGCCUUUCGCUGCUUGCAGUGGCCUGCCUUCUUCACGCGCCCGCCCCAGAGGCCCCCGGUCCACCACAAGCAGCACUGAGCGGGCCAUGGAAUCCCCAGAACUGUGUUUACAUGGCCUGUUGACUCUGGUCCAGGGGGGAUGGGAUGUGUUUUUUAGAGGAAAAAGUUAUAUCUCUGGGUGCUGUUGGUCCUGGCUAUGGUGAUUUUAAGCCAGCAGGUGGAAUGGGAGUCCCAGGAGCCUGGUGUUCUGGCAGAGAGGGC